AUGACCUCGGUCAGGAGCUGGAGCCGCUCCCCUGAUGAGCUCUCGGCAGAGCGAAACCAGGUCAGAUCCGGUGGAAAUAUGUUGGUGGAGCCUGAAUCAAGUGUCCAGGUCAGAUCCGGUGGAAAUAUGGUUCUUGUGACGAUCGGGCGGUAUGGGACGUCCGAAAGGCGCCCUGUGACUCCGCCCUGUGUGGUUUUCAGGAGUAUCACAGUAAAAAAGGGCCAACUUUCACCCAUCCAGAAGGUUGACGUAAGCGUGAUAAGACAAUACCAUGACGUAAGCGCUUACGUAUUCGGGAGAGCGACAGGUGGUGGUGGGCCAGCGGGCAUUUUCUUUGUAAGAGAUCUCCUUCUUGAGGCAUAUCUAUGCGUAUUUGAAGAUUAAUUCUUCUUUCUUCAGCUUUUUCAAGAAGUCCGGAGA